CCGACGAAAGGCACGGAAUAUGCCACUCUAAAGCCUGCGGGAAAUCCCGGAGCGACUUUUCCCAGUGUUGAGAGCUCCCAAAUCCUUUUGCUCUCUUAUUCGCUGUGUGCUUGUCGAUUUCCCAUUGCAAAGCUCAUCAGCUUCGCUUCACCAUCCCCAAUUGCUAAUUCCGUCAGUCCACAGCCAUGUUGCGUUCCGGACUACCGAGGCCCUCGACUGUGACUUCAUGGGCACAUGCUGCUCAGCGGUCCGCUGUCGUCCCCACUUUCUCCUCGACGCUAUCUGAGCGUUCUACAAAUGCCGCACGGCGCAGCAUCAGCUAUAUAACUUCCCGCGGAGCUUACCAGCCUCGAUCUUCGGCUUCAGCGUGCAAGCAACAAUUCCCUGGCCUUAGGACUUUUGCGACAAGCAACACCAUGGCUUCCCAAACGAGAACCGAAAGUGAUGCUUUCGGCGAGAUCCAGGUCCCUGCGGACAAGUACUGGGGUGCUCAGACUGAGCGCUCCCUUGAGAACUUCAAGAUCUGCCAGCCUCAGGACCGCAUGCCCGCCCCAGUCGUCAAAGCGUUUGGUAUACUGAAAGGUGCAGCUGCGACCGUCAACAUAAAUUUCGGCCUUGACCCUAAGGUUGGAAAGGCUAUUCAGCAGGCUGCCGAGGAGGUUGCCUCUGGCAAGUUGAUCGAUCACUUCCCGCUCGUGGUCUGGCAGACUGGCUCAGGUACUCAGACCAACAUGAACGCCAACGAGGUCAUCUCCAACCGUGCCAUUGAGAUUCUUGGCGGCACGAUGGGAACCAAGAAGCCUGUUCACCCUAAUGACCAUGUCAACAUGUCAGCCUCGUCAAACGACACUUUCCCGACUGUUAUGCACAUUGCGUCCGUCUUGGAAAUUGAGCAGGAUCUCAUCCCCGCGCUCACUAGCCUUCGUGACGCGCUGCAGACGAAGAGUGACCAGUUCGAAAAGCUGAUCAAAAUUGGCCGUACUCACCUUCAAGACGCUACCCCGUUGACCCUUGGUCAGGAAUUUUCGGGUUACGUUGCACAGUUGAGCAGCAACAUUGAGCGCGUCAAGGCUACCCUGCCCCACCUUCGUCUUCUUGCCCAAGGAGGCACAGCUGUUGGCACUGGUUUGAACACCUUCAAGGGCUUCGACGAGGCUAUUGCUGCCGAAGUAACAAAGAUGACCGGUACGGAAUUCAAGACCGCCCCGAACAAGUUCGAGGUGCUUGCUGCGCAUGACGCCAUUGUUGAGGCUUCCGGUGCUCUCAACACGCUUGCUUGCUCUCUCUUCAAGAUUGCCCAGGACAUUCGUUUCUUGGGCUCUGGUCCUCGCUGCGGUCUUGGUGAAAUCUCGCUGCCUGAAAACGAGCCUGGCUCAUCUAUUAUGCCUGGCAAGGUCAACCCCACGCAGUGUGAGGCUCUGACAAUGGUCUGCGCGCAGGUCAUGGGUAACCACACUGCUGUCACGGUCUCUGGUCUCAGUGGCCAGUUUGAACUCAACGUAUUCAAGCCUGUCCUGAUUCGCAAUCUGCUCCACAGUGUGAAGCUCCUAAGCGAUGGCAUGAGGAGCUUUGAGAAGAACCUGGUGGUUGGAAUUGAGGCGAAUGAGAAGAGAAUCCACUCUUUGCUUCAUGAAAGUUUGAUGCUUGUCACCUGCCUUAACCCCGUCAUCGGCUAUGACAUGGCGUCCAAGGUGGCCAAGAACGCUCAUAAGAAGGGCUUGACUUUGAAGGAGAGCGCUUUGGAGCUCAAGGCUCUUAGCGAGGAAGACUUCGACAAGUAUGUUCGCCCGGAGCUCAUGCUGGCGCCCAAGGAGAAGAAAUAAAUGCACCGAGCAAAUUCAGAUAAAACGAAUAUGGCCAAUAUCACCUGCGGUACUUGGCGACUCGCUUUGAACUGCGCCCUCUUUGUCUCAUACCCAUGAAGAGGGCCCUUCUAAGAGGUUGAGGUUUAAUUGGCAAAAUAUGCCUGUAAAUAUGAAAAUAUAGUUAUUUUUACGUAUAUGCU